AUGGAAAGGAUCAAGGGUGACAUAAUCGGCAGAGGAUGGGUGAAACGAAGUGAGGAUUCAAAGGCGAAACUUCUUUCGCAGUUAGCAGGAAAGGUUCGCGAGAUGCGGGACCUUCAGCCCUCGCAAGGCACUAAGGUUGCUUCUGUUGAUGGCGGAUCGCUUUUUGACUGUCGCAUUCCGGGGCCUUCCUUACGUUUUGGUCCCUUUGAUACCGUUCAGGAUUUCCAUCGGCAUUUACGUAUGGGCAUGGAAUUUGAUUCAAGGCUUGACCCUGAAAUUCAGGAACUCAUCAAACAACAAAGCAAGUCGUGGCCUCUGGUGUUUACUCAUGGCGACCUUAGCAGCCUCAACAUUCUUGUACGUGGGGAUGAUAUCGUUGGUAUUAUUGAUUGGGAAACUGCUGGUUGGUAUCCAUCAUAUUGGGAAUACACCUCUGCCUACCAAGUCAACCCGCAAAACUCUUUCUGGGUCAAUGAGAUUGACAAAUUCCUGCAGCCAAUGCCCGAAGAGCUGGCGAUGGAACGGGUCCGUCAAAUUCACUUUGGAGAUAUUUGA